AUGGCAUCAGCAAGUGAUUUACCAAGUAAUGACUCAUCAAAUUACAAAUUAGUUGAUUCAGCUAACACCCUAGCAAAUAAUGCUGCUGAUCUUGAUCCGUCCAAAGAAAUUCCAAUGAAUUUGCUACCAGCUGAUAAACAUCCAUACUGGAACAAUGUACCUUCUGGACGAACAAAUAUUGAAGAUCCUCCACAAUUGGAAUACGAUGAUCAUCAUAUUGAUUUAAUAGCUGAUCAAGAAGUUGAUGAAUAUGAAUUAGAGUAUGACGCUGCCGAGAUACGGCAACAUCUCGGCUAUGACGAUCACCAACAUGAUUUGGGUUUUAGUGGUGAUGAGGAUAUUGGCAGUGAUGCAUAUGAGAAUGAUAUUUCGUCGAAUUUAAACAAAAAUCGAGGUGCAAUCAAAGGCAAUAUUACAUCCGAUGGAAUUAUUGAUGAUGAUUUCGAAUCUGAAUUGGGUGGAAAUGAGCCAGCAGAUUUACAAGACGCCGACGAUGCCGAUUAUCAAUUAAUGACUAAAAUAGCUGAAUAUGGAAUAGUUGAAUGUUGCGGCGAUGAUAAAUUUGGUCGAAAAACAAUUGUUUGUUCAGCAUGCCGUUUACCUCAUGGAGAUGUAAUAAAAAACAGUGAAUUUAAAACAGUUCAAAAAUUCUAUGAUUGCUUAUUAAAAUAUGUUUUGCGGACAUUUGAUCAAUACGUUGAUAUGGAUUAUGUUAUCAUCUAUUUUCAUCAUGGUUUGCGCUCCUACAAUCGGCCAUCGUAUGGAUGGUUGAUGAAAGCUUAUGUUAAAAUCGAUCGAAAAUAUAAGAAGAAUUUAAAGGCAUUUUAUAUCGUACAUCCGACGAAAUGGAUUAAAGUUCUUUGGCCGUUUUUGCGUUCUAUGAUCAGUGCGAAAUUCUCGCAAAAGGUCACAUAUAUCAAUCGUCUUCAUGAGUUGGAAGAAUUUGUUCAUUCGGAAAACAUUCGAAUACCUGUCGAAGUGAAAAAUUUCGAGCCAGGUAUUCCGACAGAAAUCGCACGCAAACAAAUCCGGCCAACAACUAAAUUCCAUGUUUCGCUUCAACACGUUUUGGAUAACGAACCCGGCGAAACAGUUCCACUCGUUCUUCGACAAACGACUGAAUAUAUAAAAAAUAAUGGAUUGAACGAACCAGGUAUUUUUCGACGAGCUGCACUUGUUUCACUGAUUAAACAAGUUCAAGAAAAGUACAACGAAGGUCAACCAGUUCUAUUCGAACAGUACGGCGAUGUUCAUUUAGCAGCUUGUGUUUUGAAAACAUUCUUACGCGAUUUAUCUGAACCACUUUUAACCUAUGGCUUAUAUCCCGAAAUUCUCGGUCUCUCAGGUACAUUGAAACGACAUGAUCAAAUUGAUGUUAUUCGAGAUCUUCUCAAUGUCAAAUUACCAACACAGAAUUACAUUGUUCUAAAAUAUUUAAUUGAAUUUCUUAACUUGGUGGCUAACUACUCAGAUACAAAUCUAAUGACAACAUCCAAUCUGUCGAUUGUUUUCGGACCUAAUCUUGCUUGGUCUGAAGGCGAUCAAAUGAAUACAUUAGCAAAUUAUUCAUUGAUUAAUACAUUUACUGAAAUCUUAAUUGCACGCUAUACGGAACUCUUUCUUAAAUAA